GGAGGGAGGGAGGAGAGAAAAGAGAGGCAGACAGAAAGAAGGAAGCCAUCUUGAGUCUUUUUAGUGACAAGUCUGUCCUAUCUUUGGAACCUUCUUGUUUCUUUAGAAGAGGUCUAUAGAAUAAAAGGUGGUGGGUUGGAUUAAGGAAGUGAAAGCUGAAGAAACUUGGCCGUUAUUUUGUUUUUCUGAGUUCGGUUUUGCAUAUCACAGGAAGACGUGAAGAAACCAGGCCUUCAAAGUGGUUGGAAAGACUGAAACUGUGGAGGACUGACUUGCAGCAGAGGAACGGAGCGCUGCAGAAGCAAAUAUAGAAACCAGAGAAACUUUCAGGGUGAUGUUGGUCUCCUGUCAGUAGACCGUAAAAAGUGUUGGCUUUGACAUCAGCUGGAUAGAAGUUGUGUCUUCGAGGGUCGGAGGAGACUUGAGGAGGACGCAGGAUGAGUUCGGUGCCCUACAAGACGGAGGUGUUGGGGUGGAACCCCCAGCAGCUGGCUGACUACCUGAAGCGGAUGAAUCUUCCGGGCUGUGAUAAAGUUGUGUUGAAGAAUUCCAUCAAUGGUGCGAGAUUUGUGAAUCUGACAGAUAACGACCUCCAGAAAUUUCCUAAGAUUCAUGCUCCAAUGAUCUCUAAGCUCAGCAGUGAAAUCAGCAAGAAAGUGCCCAAAUCAAGCAUUUUUGGAAAAAAACAAACAACAAAGUAUAAUGAACCAGAGAUGACCACAGAUGGAGGAUGGGGUGAAGACGAGUUUGAUGAUGAAGACUUUGAUGACUACGAGAGUCCAUACAGCGAUGAAGAUAGAGACUACGAGUCCCCAGACGAAGAGCUGGACUCGGGUAACGACUACGAGCCUCCUCCCUCUGAACCCGCAGAUGAUCUGACUCACAAACUGUGCCCUUCUCAGCCCAUUGGGGACGGGGAUUACAUCGAUAGGAGGGAUAGCAACGUGCCAACCAGGGGACAGCCCCCUGCUGUAUCACCUCGCCCAUCAAAUUCUACACUUUCUGCACCCAAAGGCCAUAUGUCUUUAGAGUCUCUGUCCAGACGAGAUCCGUCCCCCCAUGCGCCUGCACGACCAUCAGGAAACUUUCCCCCAGGGCCGCCAAGGGUUUGCCGUGACAGCAAACCUGGUCGUGACACAAGAAGCACUCACUCCCCCGUCAGAGGACAUCAGUUCAAUUCAGCAGACAGACCUGGUGGGCAAUCCUGGGGGCCUCCGUUGGAUUCCUCUGAACCACUCAGGUCCAAACCUCCUAUUCUUCAUCCUCCCAACUCUUCAGUAGGAAGGAGCAACUCCUCUGCUAGAGGGGCGCCACCCAGCAGGUUUGAUGGACACAGAGAGCAAGCACAAGACGUUUCUAAACACAAUACGUUUCCUCUUCAAAAAAGUCUGCCUCCCCGCCCUGGGAUCCCUGGACCUGUCCCACAGCACAGCAGUUUGCCUCCCAGCAUUCCUUCUUUAGGCUCUCUGCCUCACAAACUCCAAUCGGCCAUUGCCGAACACAGAGGCAGCAUUGUGGGACCCGGUCAUGCUGCUCCUCCUGCAGUUGCCUCCUCCGAGGGUUUGGACCCUAACUGGUAUGUAGGUAAAGUGACCCGGGGUCAGGCUGAAGGAUGUCUGAAAAGAGUUUACAAGGAUGGGGCAUACCUUGUGAGGGACAGCACCAAGCAGCUACCCAACCAGCCCUUCACUCUGAUGGUCUUCUACCAGGACAAAGUCUACAACAUCCAGAUCAGGCAGCAGAACCAACAGUUCCAACUGGGAACUGGUCUCAAAGCCCAGGAGUUUUUCCCAUCAGUCUGUGACAUCAUCAAUCAUUACUCCCACUCCCCCCUGGUCCUCAUUGAUGCCAAAAACAGGACCUCCAGCCACCAGAACCAGUGUCUGCUGUCUGACCCGGCUGGAUACUAUAUGACGGGACAGAACUGGUCCUGACAGACUGAUCCAGUUUGAGGAUCGGUCUCCAGACAAACCCAGAGGGAGAAUUUUGACGAAUGUUCACUUCAGACAACACAAUCUGACGAGUGGAAAAUGCUCCAUCUUUGCACAUGUUGCUUUUUUUUUGUACUUUCUACAUUUCAAACCUUAAAGAAUAUUUGUGCUGGAAUAUUUCUGUACAACGUCGAAAGCUAAUGUCAGAUCUAUUGCAUAUGGACCCCAAAAACAAACUAUAACUUUAAAACGUAAGCAGAGUUUUUUCUUGCCUCCGCUGAAAUUCUCAUACCUUCCCACCUUUAGCUCAGCUUUAUUUGAUUCUGUCAGUUUGCCACUCAGCUGAUCUCAUUAAAACAUCAGGA